AUGGCAUCUUCUGCUCGCGAUAUCCCCAUGCCCUUUGGCCGAGACAGCUUUGCUGCUGUAGCGGCCAGGAGCGUUCCGGCGACGAAAACCCAUCCUCUUCCUACUCCUCCAAACUCCAUCUCCCCCAACUUGCCUCCCCAUGGCAAGCCGUAUGGGACACGCUCUGCCGUGACCCAGGUUACCCUGGAACAAGUCGAAUCCGACUUGGAUCUCCAGGAGAACCAUACGGGGAGCGAUAAGGAUACGUUCUCAGAGGAAGGACACCGUGUCGGAUCCCCUGUAUUCGACACUACUGGCGCGAUCACGCCUGCUCUUCUGUCCAAGCACCAUCUGCCUGAGAUCCUCUUGGAUCACGGUCCUUUGGCGAUCCGCCACAUCAUGGGCUAUCUUACCACCUCCGUCCCAGGAUUCUCUGGCAUUCCACCCGCGAAGGCUAGGAGGCUAGUAGUAGGUGCUCUCGAGGGACGCGGUAGCGGAGGAGAAGGCGGUGGCUUAAAGGGCAACGUGAAGUUCGAAAAGGUAGGAUGGGGACGUUGGGACGCGAGAUUGAAGGGUCAAAAUGCUCGGAACAGCAGGAACUCCCAGCACUCGCCACCACCAAGUGCACCAUCUUCCUAUCCUCACGGCGGUAUGCUGAUCGCCGGGAAGACUCGAUGGAACGGGGAUAGAACGCGGCUGACAGCGCCGGGCUCCAGCUGGGCUGGCGAUUCGGCCGUCUUCUCUCACGACGACGAUAUGGACCUCACGAUGCUGGAGAAUGAAGCAGAUAAGAUGUCCCUGGAUGGAGAUGAAUCUUGCUCGUCGUCUGAAGCUCCAACAGACGAUGACGACGAACCUAUGGACGAUGAUCCAGACGAUGUUACCGAUGACGAGGACUGGGCAGCCCUCGGAGCAGCCGCUUUGCGGUCUGCUUCCUAUUCUGCCUCUGGCCCUAAUUCUCAUUUAUACCCGAGGGGAACCCACAGCGGUGGUGGGCCAUCCCUCUCCACAAUGGCCAAAUCAGUGCCAUUGCGGCCAGCUUUUCCUUCUACUCAACAAGCUAGUAAUUUUGAUACUUCUGCCUAUGGCAUGACCUCCGACUUUCAGGAGCGGGAGGCCAUCGAGGCACUUUUACGACUCGGAUCUGUAUAA